AAUGGGGGCUGACGGAUGCCCGGAGCCCGACCCACGCGGCCGCGGCAGGGCGAGGUGACUCGCGCUGUUGGCUCCCGCCUGGACAAGCGGGGAAGGAACAGUUUCACAGUGCCACCCACUGGAAUGUGUCAGAAACCCACGUUUCUGCUGCUGGACGGCCGCUCUCACCCUCGGGCUCCGUUUCCUCCUCGUCCUCCUGCCUGCCUUAAAAUCCCCUCGCGCUGUCGCCUCACCUCCACGCUUCCCCGCGCACCUCCGCUUCUGCCGGGCGCGGCCCCUUUAAGGGCAGUAAGGGCGGAAGCGCUGUGCGGGGCCGGGCUUGGUGCACUUCCGCCCGCCGGCGUUCUCGCGAGAUCUGCCGCUUCCGCUCCCCCUUUCCGCGCAGAGCAGGCCAAGAUGGCAGAAGUGGAGCAGAAGAAGAAGCGAACUUUCCGUAAGUUCACCUACAGAGGAGUGGACCUGGACCAGCUGCUCGAUAUGUCCUACGAGCAGCUGAUGCAGCUGUACAGCGCCCGCCAGCGCCGCCGCCUCAACCGGGGGCUGCGCCGAAAGCAGCACUCCUUGCUGAAGCGCCUCCGGAAGGCCAAGAAGGAGGCGCCGCCCAUGGAGAAGCCCGAGGUGGUGAAGACCCACCUGCGCGAUAUGAUCAUCCUCCCCGAGAUGGUGGGCAGCAUGGUGGGCGUCUACAACGGCAAAACCUUCAACCAGGUGGAGAUCAAGCCUGAGAUGAUCGGUCACUACCUGGGGGAGUUUUCCAUCACCUACAAGCCAGUGAAGCACGGCCGGCCUGGGAUCGGUGCCACCCACUCCUCCAGGUUCAUCCCACUGAAAUAAACAAGAGCUUUGGGAAAAAAUGUGUUCUCUGUGUGAAUAAAGAAGUUCUUCCCAGCUGUUUCUGUUCUGGGGGAGAGCUCAGAGGA